CCGGCGGGCGCCGGUACUGGACCGGUCCGUCAUACCGGGGGAUCCCGCUCAGCUCUCAAGCAUAUGGACGUGAUGGCUAAGGAGCUCGGCCGGAAACCGAGUGCGACGGAGCUGUACACUCGCAUUCACUCCACGAAGGGUGAGAAGAAGCCUGUAGACAAGCGGGCUCAGAACAUGACUGACGCUAUUGCUGAGAGGCUGGCUGCUGCGACUCAGUCGCCGACCGGAGAGGGUAGCUCGACGAGUCCAGCUGAGGUGGAUGAGACCCAACUGUUUCUGGACAUCGAGGGUGUCAAUAAGAAGCACCGCGUGUACGGUUUAGGGUCGGCGAGUAGCAGGUAUGCGGCCCCCAGUAGCAGCAGGGCGCAGCGAGGCAGCUCUUCUAGGUCGACACAUCUUGCGGACGAGGACAUCGAGCGCCGUGUGCAGACAGGCAUUCAGGAGGGCCUGCGAGAGGUUGAGCAGAGGUUAGCGGAGCAAAAUCGUCAACAGCUGGCAGAGCAACGGCGUGAGCACCAAGCGGCAAUGGCCCAGCUUAUCCGAGAGGAGAUAGCAAGGAUGAUGCCUAAUCUUCCUCCAGAGUAUCAGCCACAGUUUCCCGCUCCCCCACCAGACCGUGAUGACACUACAGAUUUGUAGUGUCCUGUUAGAUUAGGAUUCAGAACUAAUUAUGUAUUUUUU